UGACCUGCAGGGGUGAGAGAGCGUUGGGGGCGCGCACGGUUGGCUGUGAGGGCUGGCAGCGGGAGCGUGCCCGGCGGGAGAUGUCACUGCAGGCGCCGUUCGGGGAGGAGGAGGCGGCGUCAUUGAGCCGUCUGCGGGAGUUCUUCUGCCGGAGUCUGCGGCGGGGGCACUGGGAGCUGGCGCGGGCCUGUCUGCCCCAACUUUCCCGGGGUCCUGAUGCUGAAGAAGUGGAGGAAAUACUGAGAGGUCUGGUCACAGCCCCGCACCUGCUCAGGUGUGAUGAGGAGCGCUCGCCUCAGAGGCUCGCCUGGUAUUGGUAUGACGCGUUGGACGCUUGGCUGGGCCAGGCUGAGAAGCGGCCGCCGGAUGUUCUCACAGAUGAAACUGAGUUCCUUCUUCUGCUGGAGGAGUUUCAGGAUGAAGCAUCAGAGCAAGCUGUGAAGGAGCUGUAUGAAGCAUUUCUAUACAGUCACUCAGAAGUAAAGGAAAGAAGGGAAAACCCAAGUCCUCGAUUCAGCGAGGCUACCAUCUCAUCUCUCCGGGGGGGUUUAUCCCAGAACCCUCGGCUGGUGCAGGCACUGAUAGGUUUUCUAUUAGUGGAUGAUGCCUCUAGUGAAUACAACCACUACCUUCUGAACAUCACUGUGAACUUCCUCUUAGACUUGUUAUCGUCACUCCAGGAGAAAGAUGAGGCUGGGGCCACACGUGGACAUACUGUCAGUCAGAUAUACAGGGUCUUAGGCUCUAUGCACUUCAGUAUGGAGCUCCAGGCCAGCGAGCUCCGCUAUUUAUGUGAGGAGCUCUUUGAGAUUUGUUCUGACAAGGGAAUUCUCUCAGAAGAUCACGUUCAGGCGUGCUUGCUGAGGAAGCAGAACUGUGGACUCGUUACCUUGUAUGGUACUGUGUCUAAGGAGAAGAUAAAGGCCCAAAUAAUCACUCAGAAGUCUCCUGGGAAAGGAGCAGCUCAGGACCUUAGUGAUGCAGAAAGAGCAGUCCUUACUUUAUUCUAUGACCGGGAGCAGGCAAGGCCGUGGAAGAAGAUCUAUUUCUACAGUCUGUCUACAGACAAACACUUCCUGUUGCAGAUUCUGCUUACUGCCUUGGCCCUCUUGAAAAAAGAAGAUUUCUCCAGUCUACACAUGCUCCUGUCUAACGAGUUUACGCCUUUGAGACGUCUUCUAGUUCUCUUGGGAUGGACCCACCUGCAGAGUACAGAGUCCGCCAAAUCACUGCUGCACGUCAUGCACAAAAAUAUGGUACGAUCUCCCGAUGAUUCAUUAUUAAAAGAGUUCUGUGAUGGCCUCCUGUACCAGGUGGAAGCUUUGGAGUGGUGCAUAGAGCACAGCCGGCAGGAGAUUUCCAAAAAAGACGUUCUCCGACAUUUAUGCACCUUGGACAGCCACUCUGCUCUGUACAUUCUUCAUCAUCUCACCAACCUGCCUCAGCUUCACGAAGACGAAGUUCUGAAGCUUCUGCACAGAGGACUCCCACAGGAAGUUUAUGCAGAACAUCACGAUGUACAUGAGCAGAGUCAACACCGGAACAUAGUUGUGUUUCGGGCAUUCUGUGCCAUGAAGUAUGCCAUCUACGCUCUGUGCGGCAGUGCUCCCAGUAAUGCCCAGUACAAGGACCACCAUACCAACCAGCAGAGCAGCUCACUGGAUGACAGCGAGUGUGGGAAGAGCUCAGAAUCUCCAAAUCUCUUUGUUCAGUAUUUAACCAAGUGCCAGUAUUAUUUAUAUCCUCUGCCUUUACCACUAAAACUGGAGCUGCUGGAAAACAUCUUCUCCUUAAUGUUUACUUCCUUGGCUGAUCUCAACUCCGAGUCUCCCCUUCCAGAGGGCAGUGCUGGGAACGAAGGUGAAGAAGACUCGGAAGUGAAGGUCGGCAGGCUGAGUAGCCUGGACAGUAGCACUGAAAAAGUGGAGUCUACACCGACCAGGUCUCCGCUAGAAAGUUCCUUACAUAAUAACAGUAGCGCCUUCAUCACCUACCUGAAUGGUACACCUCAGGCAUCAACACUGUGUGCUUUAGAAAACUCCCCGAACAAUUUGUGGGACCUGGUGGGAUCGAACUAUAUAGAUCUGAAGCAUUUCACCAGUAGGUUGAGCGGAUUUUUGGUGGAUGAGGUUGUGUUGGACACGUUCUUGAAAAUGUUGAAAGAACAGGUAGACCUAAUUAUAGAGGCCAUUCGCAUGGACAAUCCCAACCUUGGCGAUGAAGUAGGCUUGCUUACAUCAGAAGACUUCAAGAAUAGAGUAAUCCAGUUGUCGAAGUAUAUCUCUGAAGCCCAGUGGAGGUACAAAGUGGUGAUGAGCAACAGGAAUGCGGAGUGCGAGCUUGUCUCUGCACGACUGCAACUGAGAACUUACAAAGCUUCAAGUAAUAAAAGACGUAGAAGAGCCAAAGGAUCAGGAUCCAGGAAACAGACUGAAAGCACGAGCAGCGAACUGAGCACGUCAGAGAGCAGUGCCACCAACCUGUCGGCCAGAGCUGACAUGGACGGCAGGAGCUACCUCCAGCAGCGAAAUAACCUGAUCCCUAUGAUGCUUUCACCACCAGAAUCCCUGCUCGUUUCGUGUAUAUUGCGAGGAAAUUAUACCGAUGCCCAUGAUGUCUCCAGGAUGUUUAAUCUGCAAUCUUCUCCAAACCACGGCGAGCUCGUUUUUAUGGAGCGAUAUCAAGAAGUCACACGCGAACUCUCAAAAGUGGAGAAAAAAAAUGAAAAUCAGACCUCCGAGGUUAGCAUCAAAAAGCUGGGGAGCAGCCGCUCUACUCUGCAAGCAAUAGGAAGCGCGGCGGCAGCAGGAAUGGUCUUCUAUUCUAUAUCUGAUGUGACGGACAGGUUGGUCGCUCCAUCAGACUGCCUGUUACCGACUUUACAAGAUGACUUCUGGCUGAGAAGUGCGCGCCUGGAGAAGACUGAUCGCUGGAGACGUCUGGUGGAAGAGAUGAAUCCAGCCGCAAUGGCAGCUUUUGAUUUGGCAUGCACACAAGCCCAUCUCUGGAAAACGUGCAAACAGCUGCUCGAGGCGGCGGAGAGACGUCUGCAAAAUUGUCUGGAGAGCAAAGGCCGGAGUACCGAGGUGAUGAAGGAACAUCCUGAAGGCAUCAGAGGUGUCCAAGCGGUUCUUCAGCAGAUGAGUAAAAUCAUUAACUACCCCAGCCUGCCACAAGGACAGACGGAGAUAGAGGAGAAGAUAAGCGGCCAGCUGAGAUGUAGCAUAACGGAGCUCUUCCAUACCUGCUACUCUGUGCUAAGAGAUGAACACAUGGUGCGCCAUAUCACCCUGAGCCACGAGCUGGAGAAGAACAGCGCACAACUCAAAGCUGCAGUCGCUUCCCUCGAACCAAAAGGAAAUCUGGUCCAUUCCUUAAUGGAUCAGCUGUCGAUGAAACCUCCAGAUGUUCAGACCCAUCCUGUCCGCAAGCAAAUGACUCUUCUCAUGAGCAACCUGGAUGAACUCGCACUGUUGUCGGACAAUCAGGGCUUAACCUUCAGCCCCAUUCAUUGCUUUUUCACCUACAUGGACACUUUGGCCAAAGUCAUUAUUCAAAGCUUAAAUUCCGAUUUAGAAACCUCUUUGGAAGUAAAGGUGGCAAAUCCUUUUGUUCUUCUGCAUCAAAAGCCAUCACAAGUGGCAUCCCAUCUGCUGUUUGAACGGCAGGUCCCACCAGAAAGGUUGUCGUCCUUGUUGAAGAAGGAGAAUCUGGUCUUGGAUGUGGGGCAGGUGAUUGCAGAUUACUGCUGUGAGAGUCUGUCCUUCUGCAACUUGAGGAGGGUGAAUCAAGCCCAGUGUCUGUUACUGAGCCUGGUCCAGUCCGCACAGCAGUGCGUGGACGCUUCCCUUCCUGACGUGGACCUUGUGAUGUCUAUGUGUCCCCAGGACUCUGAGGACACCGCUGAGAGUAGACCUACGUCUCCUUCUUCUUCUGACUCCAGCCAGUACUCUCUUACAGCAUCAGCUCUCAACUUUUUAAAGGCUAAAUCUACAUUAAACGCAGUCGUAGUGUGCUUAAGUGCCGCCAAAAGCCUAAAGCCGGCCAAGUCUGGCCUGUCCUGGAAGGAGUUACGAGGCAGCAAGAAGGAAACGCUGGAGAUGGAUAUCAUCGCUAAGGAGUGUGACCUACUGCUGGCAGAGUUCCCGGUCUUGCAGAGGUUCCUUACCUUAAUGUCGGCACCUUUUCGAGACAGUUCCCAGGAACUCAGUGGGUUGAGUGGUUUUCUGUGUGGGAAGCCAUGCACUGCUUCAGUCCUCCUAGGGCUGCACGCGUCCUCGGCGUCUGCAUCGCUAUCUGAAGCUUUCCAAGAUGUGCUCUCCAGGAAGGACUGGAGGAGCGCGCUGCAGUUUUUGAGCCUUUACGUCGGAGAUUUCGAUCUUAAACAAGUCAGAGAUGCCCUUUUGUGCUGCGCAGCUGCUGAAGAAAAAGAAGGCUGGAGAUACCUUUUCGCUGUUCAGGACCCCACGUUGAGGAGCAGACUGGCCCUUCGUUUUCUGGACAGAUGGCCUUUGGAGGCGUGCAGGGAGCUCUUGUCUUACUGUGCGUGUGAGACCGAUAUGGAAGACGGCCUUAAAGGGGAAUUGCAGACCAAAAGGAAAGAACUGGAAGUGUACAGGAAGAUUCUGAGCCUGCGUGAAGAUGUAGCCUGGGCAAGUUGGCAAGAUUUAAAGGAAGACUGCACUAGAGAUCCUCAGGCCAUAAUCACAAUUAUCCUAGAGGCGAAGGAUUAUCUGCUGUGUGAGGACUGGGGACUCUUCUAUCCAAUCCCGAUGGAUCUGCUCAUAAGCCUGUACCGCGAGCAUCUCUUACAUCUUCUGGAGGAAAAGGACACGGAGAGGUCCCUGCAGCUGCUGAAGAGAGUCGAGGAUCAGAACCUGCGUUUCGCCGUCACGGAGCAGGCGCUCCUUCAGACUCCUGGCAUAUUUGCUAGUCAUUUUUUAUCGGAGUACUUGCUGGCCCAUUUUCCAAAUGGUCUUUUGGAGAUGCGAUGCAAUGAAAUCCGGAAUGUGUACUUGGGAUCAAAGCUGCUGCUGGCCCUUCCAGAAUGCGCCCACACCAACUAUGAACAUCUCAUCUCCAGCCCGCUGCUGAUGGUGGAGCAGCUGCUGAUGAACAUGAAGAUCGAGUGGGUCUCCGCGGCGGUACAGACACUGCAGCAGCUUCCCAUUGAGUCCGAUUUCACCUUUUCUAUUGAAGAUGUGGACAGAUUGCUGUGCACUUACGCUGGCAAAGCCUUGGCCAUCCCCUUCUCUUUCAGAGAGAAACGUACAGAUUCUGUCAGUCGCAUCCCAGAAAGCAGCAGUCAGUCAGCAGAUCCAGAACAAGUCACCUCGUCCUCCCCUGCAGACCAGACCAAUUCUCCUUUUGUAGAUCGAUCUCGGGUGCAGUCAUCGGAGAAAGGGCACAGGAGGAACAAGUCUUCUCCAGAGUUUGUACCUCCUGACAAACCCCCAGCUAAAACACAGUGGAUUCCAGAUGAAACGGAAGCCAUCUGCAUGGUCUGCAAGAACGAGAGGUUCACCAUGUUCAACCGCAGACAUCAUUGCAGGCGAUGUGGAAGACUGGUCUGCAGCUCCUGCUCCAUGAAGAAGAUGGUGGUUGAAGGCUGCCGGGAAAAUCCUGCCCGCGUGUGUGACCAGUGUCAUAACUAUUUCUUUGCAAAUGCUAACAAGACAGACGAGGAUUCAGAGCAAUUGGAAGAAAAACCAGCUGGGAUCUUGGAUCUUUCAGAAGUCCUCCGGCUUUCUAAAGCUGCUGAGGUGCAAUGGUGGCUGACGCUGAAUGAAGCUGAAAAUGAAGUGGAGAGGAGCGAGUUUUAUUAUGAGCAGGCCCCAAGUUCAUCAUUGUGCUCCGCCAUCCUUAAUCUGCACUCAAAAAGCGAUGAAUGUGGCUACCAGCUGAUUGAGCGCUGCUGCCUCUUGUCCAAGGGGCUGACCAACCCCGAGAUGGACAGUCGUCUUCUGCUGGACAUCAUGAAGAAUUUGCUCUUCAGUGCCAAAAUGAUUUUUGUCAAAGCAGCAAGGAGUAACGACCUGGCCCUGUGCGACAGUUACAGCAGUAAGGUGGAUUUGCUGAAGAUUUUAGUGGCAGCAUCCUACCAGGACAUCCCUUCUCUGGAUGAGAUCGUUAGACCAGCCGCGGUCGUACGGUUAAGGAAUCGGCUCUUGGAGGCAGAAUACUACAAUUUAGCCAUAGAGGUAUCUACAAAGACCGGACUGGACCCUUCUGGUGUGUGGCACGCCUGGGGCAUGGCUUGUCUGAAGUCUGAUAACUUACCCGGAGCCAGGGAGAAGUUUAGCAGAUGUAUGAAAGCUCCUUUAGAUCUGAACCAAAAGAAUAUUGGCUCGAAGCUCUUGGAAGAUGUUGUUCAGCACUUGGAGUCUGCAGCCAAACCCAUUCUACUGGUGAAAGACGACGAGUAUUUUGCCACCUUGAAAGAACUGGAAGUUACCCUGAAAGCGCGCUGCCUUUGGUACGAGAUGAUGCCUGAGGGGAAGAUCCAAAAUAACGCCUAUUACCAGGAGUGUCUGUAUUACCUGCACACGUAUGGCACCCACCUGGGAAUUAUACAGUUCUAUAUGAGACAUGACCUCAUGCGGGAUGCUUUGCUGCAUCUAUUGAACAAGGAAUGCUCGGGAGAUAUUUUCAUAGAAGGCAUUUUUGUGCCCAGCUAUGAAAGUGGCAAGUUGCAAACGCUUGAAACGAUGUUAGAAUCUAUAGACUCGACUCUGGAGAGUUGGAGCACCUACCUCAUCGAUGCCUGCAAACAUCUCCAGCAGAAGAACUACUACAACAUCUUGUAUGAACUGCAGCAGUUUAUGAAGGACCAUGUACGUGCAGCCAUGACCUGCAUACGGUUUUUCUCACACAAAGCUAAGAGCUACCGGGACUUGGGUAACAAUCAGACGUGGCUGGUAAAAUCCAAGGAGCAUCUGAAAAUCUACCUACAGGAAGUGUCCCGAAGCAAUAGAAGAAAAUCAUUUGAUACAUUCAGGAAAAAGAUGUCUGCAACAGAUGUCUCCAGGCAUAUCAACACUGUUGAACUGCAGAUGGAGAUCACCAAGUUCCUGCAGAGAUGUGAGAGUUUGCGGACUGCUCAGGUGUACGACAAACCACCGCCCACGCUGUUCGGAAACAGCGCCAUGAUGAUCGAUGUGGCCAGCAGCGUCAUAUUAGGUGGGAAGAAUGUAGAAGAAGGCUUUGGAAUUGCUUUUCGAGUCAUCCAGGUAAGACUUCUCCACCGUAUUGGUACCGUCUACAUUUCAGCAGUAAUGUCUUAGCUUGUGCAUCUAGUAUUCAAUGUGUUUGAGGAGAA